AUCGCUGGCUGCACCUGAAAAAGGUUUUCUUGAUUGACUUCAGCCUGUUAGAAGGAACAAAGCCAACUACGGUGGCAGAAACACUGCUCAGUCAUGAUGGCUUCCUUAUGCCACAGUGUUCUGCUGCUGAUGCUGGCAGCUGCUAUGUCAGUAUAUGCAGACAUGAGCCUGGACUGUAGGCCUGAUUUUGUGACUGUGGUGUGGACAGAGAGCAGAUCUCAGGUUGAUCCAUCCCUCUUUCGUCUGGGGAACUGUUUCCCCACCAGCCUCUCUGCCAGGGAGGCCGUUUUCAGCGUGGACUUCAACGAUUGUAACUUCAGGAGACUGGUUACUGGGGAUAAGCUGAUUUACUCCAAUGAUCUGACCUACAUUUCAUCUCCUGAUUCGCACGUUGUUCCCUUCAAUCACCCGGUCGUCUGUAUGUAUGAGAGGCCCAGUGACUGGUACCCUCUGAUCUAUGACCCAGAGUUUAGCACAUAUGGGGAAGGAGAUCUGGUCUUCCACAUUGAACUCAUGAAUGGUAACUUUUCAAGUGCUGCUGAAUCCACUAGCUUCCCUCUAGGAUCGCUUAUCCCCAUCAAGGCCAGUGUGUCGCAGAAAACCCAUCAGCCUCUGCUGCUGCUUCUGGAGGAAUGUGUUGCUUCAACAACACCAGAGCUGCAGUCUGACAGCAGCAUUUACCCAAUCAUCACUAAUAAGGGAUGUUUGGUGGACAGUAAGAUAUCCAGAUCCAAAUUUGAACCAAGGCAAAAAUCUUCAGAGAUCCACCUAUCCCUUCAAGCCUUCAGAUUCGCUCUUGAAAAGGAGGUGUUUAUCCACUGCCAACUCUUAGCUUGGGAUCCCACUCUUCUGGACAACUCUAAAAAAGCCUGCCACUAUGACAAGGAUUAUGGUUGGGGGCUGCUGGAUAAUCCUGCAAAUAACAAUCUUUGUGAUUGCUGCGAAUCCAGCUGCAACUCAAGGAGGACAAGGAGUAUAAUAUCAGGGAAACAUGGAGUAGGACGAAGAGCAGUUCUUGGGCCACUUACCAUCACUGAUGUGAAGUCCUGAAGUAUCAAGGAAUGGAUCCACCCUGAGGACUGGUUAAUAUGAACUGUUUUUUUAUUCUUGAUUGAGCUUCUCAAAGCUUCAUUCCUGUCUGCUUGUGCAUUUUGGAUUGUAUAUAAAGAUUCUCCAAACACCAAA